AUGUUAGUAGCUCUAUCUCUGCUCAUCAUUUGUGCAUCUGCUGAGAUGAAACCGCGAGAAGAUUUAGUGGGCAGUCCACCAAAAGCGUCCACUCGUUCCGGAAGACAGACUAACGUUACGUCUCCGACAAAGCCCAAAGCUGUAACGAAUUCCCCGUCAAAACCCGUUAGCGGCGCAGGCUCUCCGCGAAAACCAGGAGGUAGUAUGGGCGGUGGAGGGGGCUCUGGUGGCGGCACAGGGGCGCGAAAAGGCCCACCGCCGGCUUCUGCACCAGGGGCGGGUAAGGGGGGAGCGGGAGGGACGAAAAAUGGAGGCGGGGGCGGAACAGGUGGCGGGGAUGUGCGGCCACCUGGAGGUAAAAAGAGCAACUCGACCGGCGGUGCCAAGCCGAAGACGAACAGCAACGAUACGCCCCCAGACGCGCCGCCAGACGAUGGUUCGAAUAGUGACACUGGCCGGGUCGCCGUGUUCAGCAACGCGACGCUGCUCUUCCCCGUCAACGCGGCGGCUUUCGCCAUGUCCAUCGCCACGUUCAGAAGCGAUCAGGUGGCGCGAAUGUUCACGUACCACGCGAUCAGGGGCGCGUACAAGGCGUGGCAGCUGAAAGCGUUACCCAUUAACACGCGCCUGCCCACCAUGGAAGGCUCGUUCGUCACCAAAGUGUCCAAAGUCAAUUCGUCCAAGCUCGCGUUCAAGGGGAAGGGCGAUAUACCCGUUAGAGUGAUAGUUCCGGAUAUGUACGAGGGCGAAGACAUGUACAUUCAUGGCACCGACUCCGUGCUAGUACCGCCCUCCGUUUGA